UGGAGGACGAAGUUCAGUGACAACAGUUUACAAAAAUUCACACGAAAAAGGCGAAAAACAGCGUAGAAACGGGGUUAAUCUUGUGAAAUCCAGCAAAUCGUGAUUAACGUGAUAGUGCUGCAGAUGGUGCAGCCGUUUUAAAGUGAGUCACUGCUCCAGGAAAACAGGUCUGCAGGAAGCGGUUGACCAGGAAGCGAAAUAUGUUGCCUCGCGGCUAUAGCUACCGCAGCACAAAGUUUCGUCGCUCACCUUAGGGUUGGUGGAAGAAAGAAAGCCUAAUUCAGGCACGGGGUACGAUUCGAUCGACUCUCGAAGCAAAGAGGACAAACAAGCGCAGCGAAGGCAACGGGAGAGGUCGCAGAGGUCGACGGUGUGCGUCGUCGUUGAACCGAGUGUAAAAUGUCCGGUAAAACCCCCGAGACUGAGCAGCAGAUAGACAGCAAAACGUCGCAGGAGCAGCAGACAGCGGAAUCAAACCAGAGCGAACAAGAAGUGCGCGGCACGCCACCGAACGAAGUUUGUCGUAAUUCUGUCACCACGGAAUCGAACCAGACGGCAACCGAUUCGGCUGCCAGCAGCGCAGAUCUCACCAGCGAUAGCCUGACCAAGGAACCUCAGGGUACACAGGACGCACGCACUGCGGCAACAGCCGAGCAAGUGUCCACUUCCGGUGCAACUGAAUCAGCUGCCCCCGUUGUGGCCGCCUCUACAGCACCGUCUUCGGUAGAACGGCAGACAUCAAUCGGGUCCAUCGAGAGCGGAACGAUGCCUAGCGUUGGUGGUGGUGGCUCCGGUGGUAGCACUGGAGGCGGUGGAAGCGGAUUCCGGAACUCGUUGAGUAAUGGGCGUGUGUCGUUUUCAAGGUUCAUCUCGGUGGAUCGCACACGGCCGAGCAACAAUGACAUGUUUAGUGAAAUUCUGACGCUCAUGCAGCAGGCUAGACACCCGGGUUCCUUCUUUUCGUCGGAACGUAGAGGCAUCUUUCUGCCAUCUUCGGGCUCGGGACGAACGCAUACGCCCGGGACGAGCACCCCACCAUCGGCUGCCGGUGGUCACUCUUCCAGUGAGGUAGUGAUCGAUGUUGAUGGCGGUAGUGCAGUCGGAGGCACCUCGCUCCGCUCAUCCCAGAACGAGCUGUACCCGAUGUCGAAUUCGACUUCGUCCGCUAGCGCGGGACUGCGGCCUUUCCUGUGGAUGCAACCAACGGAGGACGGUGGUCAAACGUCGGGUACCGCGAACGGUGGCGGUCGAUCGCCGUUGAUGCCCAAUUUUAAUUACAGCCACCACCAUCAUCACCAUUUCCACAAUCAUCAACCGUUGUCGAUGCAUCAAAACGCCCAAACGUCGUCUGCCGGAGCGACGAUAGCGGGACAGUCACCUUCGUCUACCGCGGGUGAUAUUGGCAUUCCAUCGGCGGGCCCCGGUGAUCCACAACAAUCGCAAAGUGUUGGAGGCGGCGGUCCGGGUACUCCCACCGGUUCCACCAUGCCUACGGUUGGAGGACCAGGAGCGACUCGCAGCAACAGCUUGAGCUCCAAUCACCCGAACGAUGAAGCAACCGUACACGAAGCGCUACAUCAAAUUCCGGAAGCCCGCGCCAUGAUGGACACGCUGGCCCGAUACACACCACUGCUGUUGAUUCUGGUGGCCAAACUGUGCUACGAUCAUCUGGAUGGUAUCAUCUAUUUCUUUAUGCUGUUGAUCACGUUUUAUCACGCCAAUUGGGUGGUGCGGCAGGAAAUUUCCAAACAAAAACAGCGCCGCCUCAUCGUGCUGUUGCGCGAAAUGGCACUGAUCGUGCUCGGCCUGAUGGUGUUUGGGUUCGUGUUCGAGUUCAGCAACAUCUGGUUGGUGGUGCUCUUUAUGCCCGUGUCGCCGCAACCGCAAUCGCUUAAGUCACUGCUGUACUCCGUCUGCAUUACCGACCUAAUUCUGAAGCAGAUAACAAUCGUGAUCAAAAUCAUCUUUACGCUUCUUCCACCCACCGUGGUGGAUUACAAGAGCCGGGGUAAAAUCUAUCUCAUGAUAGAAUCGUUAUCGCAGCUGUAUCGUGCAGCAGCUCCCAUACAGCCAUGGUUGGUGUUUCUGUUUGAAUCGUACUCAGGUUCUGAGAAGAUGGUUGGCGUUAUCUUAUCAGCCGUGUAUAUUGUUGCAAAAUCUACGGAUCUGCUAGACAGGAUCAAGUUCUGUCGUCGAUCGUUCAUCAAAUUACUCCAAAAAACGAGCUACGGCACGGUACCGACCAAGGAACAGCUGCAAGCGUGUGGUGGACAAUGCUCGAUUUGCCACGACAACUUCAAUUCGCCCGUACUUCUGGAAUGCAACCACAUCUUCUGUGAGCUUUGUGUAGGCACAUGGUUUGACCGGGAACAAACGUGCCCGCUGUGUCGCGCCAAGAUCGUCGACGAUCCUUCGUAUCGCGACGGAGCGACCACGUUCUUCCUGCAACUUUACUAGAAUGUUUUGGCUAUAAGUGAGACCGCCGCAAAAGAGAUGGAGUAUGUGUUUAAGCUAAUUGUAUCUUGAAUAUGUAUCCCGACUGGAAAGGCGCCGAAAGCAGGAGCCAUUACAACUUUAAAAUCAAAUGUUCAACCACAUAAAAAUGCCAAUCCUACCGUCUCUACCUUGAUGUGCAUUUUGCAGUGGUACAAUCGGUAAAGCAAAAAACCAUCUUUCCGGAGGAUAGUGAUAACCCUGAGGAACCAUGAGUGUGUUGAGUGUGCGCGUGGAGGUAAUGACUCGAUUUUCGUCGUCGUACAAACGUACGUGUAGAAAACGCAAGAGAAGGAACACUUUUUUAUAUACAGAAAAAAAUUAAAAUUAAAUAAAUCACCGGUAUAGAAACGUAAGGAAAUACUUCUGGAAUGAGCUAUAGUGAACUCUCUGCCGCAACCCGGCAGAAGUGUAAUGCAAAUAGCACUGUAGGGGAAGUGGCUAAUACAAUAUUGUUGCAUUAUUUGAUGAUGUUAGUGGCGUAGCAGAUGCCGAUGCCGUUGUAUCAAACUAACAAAACAAUGUAAAAUAGUGGUAUGUAUUUGCAAUCAAUAAAACAAAGUCCAUCUCCUGUUGCAUGGAUUUGUUACACGUUA